GGCUCUGCAACUAUGAGGAGAAGAAAAGCCUCUAUGCUUGAUGACGCCACGGGAGAACAAAUCUGGGUGCCCCUCCGCCGGGUCCGUGAGGUUGCGCCCCCGUAGACGCCCAGGGAAGAACAGGACCGUCCAGAGAAAGAGGGCUGCCUUGAACAACGCCCUUAGCUGCCUGCUUGCCAUGAUCCAGUUGGCGACCCCAUCCACAGCUGCUCCUGCCGUCUUGCCACCCCUGGCAGUGACUCCCACGCAUUGGGCCCUUACCCCAAAUCUCCCGAUGUUCCAGUUGGUGACCUGCAGCCCAUCCUGUCUGUGUAACCCCUAUUCCCUACCAUGUUUCCCAGUAUGCACAAUUAGAAAGACUUCUAGCACUGCCACUACUUUCACCACUGAACUGCACAUGUUAGAUGAGGUCAUUGCGGCCAUACAGAAUGCCACUAUACAAUUCAAUGGCGACUGGGAAGAGAACUAUAACAACGCUAAGGCCUGGUGGGACACUCUCAGUGUCCACCAGUUGCUCCAAUGGGCCUCCAUUGGGGGGCUUGUUCUCAUACUAGCCUUUCUCAUCUGUUUGUGCCUGCCCUGCUUGAUUUCCUGUAUGAUUAGGGUUUUGCGCCGCUCCUUAGAGGCUGUGAAAGCCGAUGUCAUUAAACAAAAAGGGGGAGUUGUUAGGGGCGCUCUGGACCUGGGCCUCCUGAAAGGGUAGUGAGACGCCAGGGAG